CGGAGUAGUUAGAGCCAGCGAAGUGCAGGCAGCGAUGGGAGCUAAAGUUGCGUUCUGUUCGGUGCUGAAGGCUUGAGGCGGCUCCUCGCUCCGCCCGCCCCGGCCUCCUGCGGCCGCGACCCACGCCGGUGGGCGUCCGCGCGCCCGCGCUCCCGGCCCCCGCGCCCUCCGCGUCUCCUGCUCUCGCCGGCGCCCGGUCCUCGUGAGCCGGGGUCCCCGCCGCCUUGGCCCUGGCCCGGCCUCGGGCCCCGCCGAUGCCGGCCAUGGUGGAGAAGGGCCCGGAGGUGUCAGGGAAGCGGCGCGGGAGAAACACCGCGGCCUCCUCCGCCUCGGCCGCCGCCUCGGCCGCCGUUGCCUCGGCCAACGCCGCCUCGGCCGCCGCCGCCCCCAAUAAUGGUCAGAAUAAAAGUUUGGCGGCGGCGGCUGCGCCCAAUGGCAACAGCGGCAGCAACUCCUGGGAGGAAGGCAGCUCGGGCUCAUCGAGCGACGAGGAGCACGGUGGCGGCGGCAUGCGGGUCGGACCCCAGUACCAGGCGGCGGUGCCCGACUUCGACCCCGCCAAACUGGCAAGGCGCAGUCAGGAACGAGACAAUCUUGGCAUGUUGGUCUGGUCGCCCAAUCAGAACCUAUCGGAGGCAAAACUGGACGAGUACAUCGCUAUUGCCAAGGAGAAGCACGGGUACAACAUGGAGCAGGCUCUUGGGAUGCUCUUUUGGCAUAAGCAUAAUAUUGAAAAAUCAUUGGCUGAUUUGCCCAACUUUACCCCCUUCCCAGAUGAGUGGACUGUGGAAGAUAAAGUCUUAUUUGAACAAGCCUUUAGUUUUCAUGGGAAAACUUUUCAUAGAAUCCAACAAAUGCUUCCUGAUAAAUCUAUAGCAAGUCUGGUAAAAUUUUACUACUCUUGGAAGAAGACAAGAACUAAAACCAGUGUGAUGGAUCGCCAUGCUCGGAAGCAGAAGCGAGAGCGGGAGGAGAGUGAGGAUGAGCUGGAAGAGACAAAUGGAAGUAACCCCAUUGACAUUGAGGUUGAUCAAAACAAGGAGAGCAAAAAGGAGGUGCCCCCUACUGAGGCAGUUCCUCAGGUGAAGAAAGAAAAACACAGCACACAAGCUAAAAACAGAGCAAAAAGGAAACCUCCAAAAGGAAUGUUUCUUUCUCAAGAGGAUGUGGAGGCUGUUUCUGCCAAUGCCACUGCUGCUACCACGGUGCUGCGACAGCUAGACAUGGAGCUGGUCUCCAUCAAGCGACAGAUUCAGAAUAUUAAACAGACAAACAGUGCUCUCAAAGAAAAACUUGACGGUGGAAUAGAACCAUAUCGACUUCCAGAGGUCACUCAGAAGUGCAAUGCACGCUGGACCACCGAAGAGCAGCUUCUCGCCGUGCAAGCCAUCCGGAAAUAUGGCCGAGAUUUUCAAGCAAUCUCAGAUGUGAUUGGGAAUAAGUCAGUGGUACAGGUCAAGAACUUUUUUGUCAACUAUCGACGCCGCUUCAACAUCGAUGAAGUUUUACAAGAGUGGGAGGCAGAGCACGGUAAAGAAGAGACCAAUGGGCCCAGCACCCAGAAGCCAGUCAAGUCCCCGGAUAACUCCAUCAAGAUGCCUGAAGAGGAGGAUGAGGCUGCCUCUGUCCUUGACGUCAGAUACGCAUCUGCCUCAUGAGAACGCUGGCAGCUUUGAACUCGUGGUGUGGACUCUGUGCUAUCCAGGAUAUCAGGUAUUACGAGACAUCACCUAGCCAUCUGCAUCACAUCUCUGUGGACAAGCAGCUAUUACCAAAAAGGCAUACACUUCAGUCCUGUGCUCCAUCUGCCUUAAUUCUUUGCUCGUUCCUCCAUGCUGGCACCACUUCCCAGAGAGCUCCGUUGCGUCUCACUCUGCCUCAGUGCUGGGGAACCCAUGCCUGCACCCCCUCGACUCAGACCCACCCCCCACUUGGACCCCUGCACCCCACCAAUGGCAGCUCUUCCCCAUCAGCAGCUUCGGAACAGGGAGUCUCGGAAGGCUCGACUCUGUUCUUGCAUGGCCUGCGAUUUCUACUUUGUGCAUAAUGUAGUUUUCAGAAUAACUGACCUGGUUGGCUUUCUAGGAAGUUUUUCUUGUUCUUUUCCGGGGCAGCCACCUAAGUAAUUCCAAGCUUCUUUGGAAGUCACGACACAUUGUCAGACUGCAUUGUGACCUUAUUGUGCCAACCAUCCUGAUGCAACUCAGUUCCCCAAGUAUAGAGUGGAAUUAUGGUUCAUAAAUUUAGUCGGCUUAAAUCUCUCCCCUUUCUCCUUUCCCAAGUGUUUAAAAGCUCGUUCUCAGCAACUGACCUUGGACACUGUAGCUUACAGGGAAUGUUGGACUUCAACGCUUUCUGCCUUCAACCUCAGCAUUGCAGUCCCAGGGUGGGUGUGCCCCAUCUUUUCCUGAUCCCCAGCCACCACUACCACCGCCCCACUCCGAGAGAUUCGGUCCAUAUCACUAUACCUGGUGCUUGUGCAUUCGGAAUUGGUGCCUUCUCCUCUUGGCAACCAUGUUACAUCGACCCUUUUCUGUUCAAGUGUCUUAUUUAAAGUUUAUUGCUUGCCAAAGAUGACAUCAUCGAGGUAGGUGGGGAGCGCCUCUGCCAGCUGAGCGCUGGCUCCAGGGUUGGAAGAGCUGCCGGUGGGUGUGUGGGAGCAACACCGCCGCCCUGUCCUCGGUGUGCCUGGCCUGCUGCGUGUGUGUGUCCCUUUGUGUCCCUCGAGUGCUGUGUGACACAGGCACCACCCCCGUCUCAGUAGCAGAGAGCACGAGACAGAAGUGGUCAGCGCGUGGUCUGGUGAGACCAAGGUGAGAAGAGGCCUUUUGGUUAGACUGGGAGCAAGCAAGCUUCUAAUCAGAGUGCUGAGAUGGCCUGGGCCACUUUGGUCCUCCCCAGACUGGGGCCUGUGAGGCAUGAGGCGCGGACGCCAAGCUGCACCUGCCACCCAGGGCCACUGCACAUGCGCUAAAAAUGCAGGAGGAGCUUUGCUGGUUGUUUGCAUCAUUUGAAUAAUUUUUCCUGCUUUUAAUACCAAAAAGAAAACAAAUCCAGAUGCUUUAAGGCAUAAACAGAAUUCUUAUGGAUUUUAAAUAUGCAAUUAAAAAUUUGAUGUUUUGACUCCCAAGCACCUUGCUUCUUUUUUUUUUUUUUUUUUUUUUUUUUUGUCAGCUGAUUUUCUCUUUAGAAAGAGGUUCAGCUAGGACCCUAGGUUUUGGGGAUUGUACAUUUCGUUUUAGACAUCUGGGGAAAGGUCAUUCCAAAGGGAAGUGCAGAGACAUCCCUCGACUUGUCCCACACAGCGAGUCUAUUGGCCAAGGAGAGCCUGCUGUUCCCACCUGCAGACAGGUAGCAGAGUGACACUAGCACUGGGCAGGUUUCUGUGUGUCCCACAAGCCUGCCGUGGGACUGAGUGACGGCCGGAAAGCGCAGGGCAGAGCUGGCUCACAGGAACACAGGCCAUCACUGUGGCCUCGGUCCUCCUGGCUGGACUCGCGCCCUCGGUCCUGCCAAGAGCAGCAGCAGGCGGCCCCGCCCCACCCUGCCCAGCCAAUAGUUGUCUUUCUUUGCGCCCACCAGUUUCCUUAAGAUGGGACCCCUCCCGGCAGAGCCUAGAAAUGAUGUUCGGCUGCAGGCAGCAUGGUGGCAGGUCCCAGUCUGUUCUGCAUUGUCUCCCGUCCCUGGCGCUGGGCACCCUCCAGCCCCGACAGGUCACAUGGUGUCCUCAGGCUCAAGGCUGCUCAGCUGGAGCUCGCUCUGCAGCGUGGCAGAGGAGCAGGAGGUCUGCCGGCCCGCCUGGCUGCAGGCUGUGCAUCCAAGAGCACUAUCCUAAAUGCUGUUCCUUACACUGUCUUGGCAAUUAUGUAAAUGCAAGGAAUCACCUCGCUUCCAAAGCCAGUGAUGAGUGCUCUUGUCUAUAGUGAAGACUCUAACAUAUCAAGAAUCGGUGCGUCGGGGCCGAGGAUUUAGCUCAGUGGUUCCGCCACCUGCCUUGCAAGCGGAAGGACCCGAGUUCGAUCCCCGGUACCAAAAAAAAAAGAAUCGGUGUGUCGGUGGGCUAGGUCCAGGACUCGGUAACUGCUUUAGGUGGAAUGUCACUUAAGCUUGUGUUCUUAAAAUUAUCAAUGUGAAUGUCAUAAUUAUAUAUAUUUUUGUGGAAAAUUCUCCUAAGUAUAAGUUAUUGUGCAAAAUAUAGUAUCAUGGACGCAAAUAGUUUAACUUUUAGUUUAGAAAUCCUAAAAGAUAUAAAUUGUAUUGAUAUGCAUUAAAAGUUUGUUUUAUUUAAUUUUAUGUAGAUGUAUAAAGUGUUAGGUAAAAAUUGUUUUCAUUUAUCCAUUUAAACACCUCGUUACUUGAAUGUUGUGUUAGCUGGUCAGCAACAGCGACCGGCUCUCUAGUGCAGCUCUUUGAACCAGGAGGUCAUGGCCUCAGUCGCCAGCUGGGGCCGGGCCAGGCAGGUGCUGGUGCGCAGGAGGAACAAGUUAGUGUGGCUCCCCACCCUGCGUGCUGUCUCGGGCCUCAGCCUGAUGCCUGCUGGUUCUAACCUUCUAGGACCCGCUGGUGGCCACAGCCUCUAAUGCAAAAUGGAAAAUGAAGCAAUUCUUUGGUGUUUAUGUUAAAUUUCCUCUAAUAUCCCACACCACUUAAGUGUGCUUGUUGUCACUUUAAAUUUCAACUCUACCCUAUUUUUGUCUUUCCAAAUAUCAGAUGUACUAUUGGUAUAAUUGCACACCAAAAAGAAGCCAAACAGUGCAUUACACUAACUGGAUCCCUGCUUUUAUGCGAGCAAAGGAAAGAUGGAGCCAACUCCAGCGCGAGCCUCUCUCUGUCUAUCUCUCUUUCUCUCUCUCUCUCUCUCUCUCUCUCUCUCUCUCUCUGUUGUGUCCCAUCCCCCACCCCCACCCCAUUUCUGAUCUCACGAGCCCAGGAUUCCAACCCUCAGCAUCCCGCGCGCCAGCCUCUGAAGAACUCCAGGUAGUCAGUCAGUCCUCGGAAUUAGUGAUCCGUGCAAUGCUUUCUGCCAUGCCCUGGGGCUCUGCAGCUUCUCCUACUGUAGCAAAGCACAAUUGCAGUAACAUUACAAUUCAGAAGGAGGUCAGGAGAGUCUAUGCAUGUUGUAAAAUAAUGAGUGUUUACAGUCACCGUCUCCUAAACAAAAACUUAUACUGGAGUGGAUAGUAUUCCAUAUGUAGACUUACAACUUUGCUAAGUGCUUUUUAGAUUGCUUAAAAUUUUUCAAAAUUUUAAAAGAUGUAUAAGGUUAAGUUUGCAAAUAUAAUGGAAAUGCUGUAUAUCUUUUGAAGUGAUAAAAUCCACGUUGAAAUUUUAAAGAAAAUAUGUUGUAAUAAUGCUGUUGUAAGUAAUAUUUUCAUGUCUCUCUUUGCCUGUUUUCUAUUUCAGCACAUUCAUUGUCGUGAAUGUUCAUAGCAUUAUAAUUGCUUAGCCAUUGAAUGAUAACAUUUGUUAGUAGAAAUUGGAAGACUUUAUUUGUGAAAUUCUGCAGAAUUCAUUUUUCUAUUUCCAAUAUUUGCUGAAAUUAAAUAAAAAUUUUCAAGCCAUUGAUGUAAUAAAAUAUAAAA